CCAUACACUUCCUAUGCCUUCUAACAGCAACGUUCUUGUUAGUUGAGGGACGUUAUGGAGGCAGAAUUUGCGAGUUGCCUACCGGAGACAAUGCAGUGUCAUUAAAUGUUAAACGGUGCGGUGUUCUCACUGAGUAUACCAACAACAGUGUUCGUGGACAUGUUCGCCAGUGGUUCUCAAUCCUGAAGUUCUUUUUUCUUACUGAGUAUACUGCCAGCUUUAGGCUGUACAAAGGUCACCACCUCGGCUUCAGGUCAGUGCGGCAGUCAGACUAUCUGGAAUAUCUAGCUUGUUCUGCAGUUACAGGGGCCACCUGUCGAUGUGACAGAAUGACUAGCUCGGUAUUGUAGGCUAGGUCUUUCCGUUCGACGAUGCUUAUGUUUAUCGGUUUUAAAAUGGCUUUUGCCGUGAGGAAACCCGGUUCUGCGUGCUUUACUCAUGCAGCGCGGCGCUUUGUGAACACCAGCAAUGGACUCACUUCUACCCCGGUAAAAUUUAAUAUAAAACCAGACAAAAAGUGUUUAUUUGACACUCCUGUGCAUAUAAAAGUGGAAGGUUUGCGCCCGAAACAGCACGUUAUUUUCCGUGCAACACUGACGGACGAGAAACAGGAUAAGUUUGUGUCUAGCGCUCAUUUUGAGGCGGACACUCGAGGUGUGCUCGAUCUGAGUAAAUCUGCGGCUCUUUGGGGAGACUACGUCGGGGUUCAUCCCAUGGGAUUCAUGUGGGCUAUGAAACCUCAGACAGAGCUGGGAAGGUUGUUUAGAAAAGAUGUGACUUCACCCUUCAAAGUGCACCUUUCCGUGCACGAGAAAACAGCCUCCGGUAGUGAAGAGCCGAUGAUAGCUUCCUGCAUUCACGAGCGAGGGUUCAUUGGGGACGGGGUGCAAAGGAUCCCGGUGAGAGAGGGACGGAUUCGAGCAACUUUAUUUCUACCGCCCGGAGAGGGCCCGUUUCCUGGCGUUAUAGACCUGGGGGGAACAGCGGGGGGGCUGCUGGAGUACCGGGCGUGUCUCCUGGCCAACUAUGGCUUCGCCACCAUGUGCCUGGCCUACUUCGCCUACGACGAUUUGCCUAAGAGGCUUCUGGAACUUCACCUGGAGUACUUCGAGGAGGCCCUGCAGUUCUUCCAAAACCUGCCGCAGGUGAGGAAGGGAGGCGUGGGGAUCAUGGGCAUCUCCAAGGGGGCGGACCUCUCCCUGUCCAUGGCCAGCUUCCUGGAGGGCGUGUCGGCGGUGGUGAGCGUGAACGGCUGCAAUGCCAACCUGCAGUGCCCACUGCACUACAGGGGCAUGAGCAUGCCCGGCCUGGGCCUGUCCAUCGACCGCGUGGUCAUCCGCGACAACGGCGUGCUCAACGUGCGCGACUGCUACCACGACCCCCGCGCCCCCGAGAACGCCGCCUGCCUGGUGCCCAUCGAGCGGGCCGCCGCCCGCUUCCUGUUCGCCAUCGCCCAGGACGACCAGGUGUGGGAGGCAGAGCGCUACGCACGGCAGGCGGAGGAGCAGCUGCUGGCCCACGGCCGGCCGCGCCCCGAAAUCCUGCUGCUGCCUGGGGCGGGGCACCUGCUGGAGCCCCCCUUCUUCCCCUCCUGCUCCGUCUCCUACCACAAGUUUGCGGGCACCUCCUUGGAGUGGGGGGGGCAGCCCGAAUCCCACAACGCCGCCCAGGAGAAGUACUGGCGCCGAGUGCGAGAGUUCUUCUGGGAGAACCUGGGGGGGGCGGUGCACAGUAAACUCUGAGCUCGCUGCUCACCCUUUAUUUGAGCUUUACGGCACAAAGCCGACCUAUCGCUGCCAUAGUCCUGACAGAGUCCUGACAUUAUCCUGACAUAGUCCUGACAGAGUCCUGACAGAGUCCUGACGUUAUCCUGACGUUAUCCUGACGUUAUCCUGACAUAGUCCUGACAGAGUCCUGACAGAGUCCUGACAGAGUCCUGACAGAGUCCUGAUAUAAAUGCAGAAUCACAUAGCCAAUACAUCUAUUUCUCUUUUUCCUUUCUUAUUACAUUUAUACUUUAGAUGAUCACAAUAACUAAAAAGGGCUUUUUAAACUAAGAAAUUUAGUUUUGAAUGGUUAUGUUUGUUUGCCUUCUUAGGAGGUAAAUAUGUAUCUUUAUUUCCAGUGGCAUCUGAGUGCAGUUCUGUCCAAGCUGCUUAAACUCACAGUGUGUGUCUGUGCUUCAUCCUGCAAAGCCAAUCAUUGCUUGGGUAAACUCACAGGAGCCAAUCAGCACUAGGGCCAACUCCCAGGAGCCAGUCACAACUCGGGAAAACUCCCAGGAGCCAGUCACCACUAGGGAAAACUCCCAGGAGCCAGUCACCACUAGGGAAAACUCCCAGGAGCCAGUCACCACUAGGGAAAACUCCCAGGAGCCAGUCACCACUAGGGGAAACUCCCAGGAGCCAGUCACCAAAUCACCUGUUGGGAUUUAAACUUGUAUUUCAAUGGCCUCCAGGGGUCCUCAUAGGCACAACAAGGGCAGUGUUUGCCACAGGAAACUCUGGUGGGGGGAAGCCAUACCCAACCCCCGCCCCUUACCGCGUAAUAACAUUUUGUAAAUUUUCACGGUUAUAUUCAUCAAUUUGGUCAAAAUUAAGAGGAUAGACCUGUGAAGAAUCUUUUGCUUUUGUAAACAAUCCAAUCAUGAACCCAUGUAUCACCUGGUAAGAGGCUUAAGCCUACACCUGAGUCAUCAAAUGACGUAAAAGCAGUCACGUGUUUUACUGGUUUAUCUGAAGUGCAGUCACGUGUUUUACUGGUUUAUCUGAAGUGCAGUCACGUGUUUUACUGGUUUAUUUGAAGUGCUUGAAAUCGCACUCCAAUUUUGCAGUAAAAAUAUGGCACCGCAUGUUGUCAGAUUUAGAGAUCACAUUAAACCAAAAUCUUGAUGGUGAACGAAAGUUAAUAUAAAGAAAACAUUUCUUCAACAAAAAAUUAUUUCUUUUAUUCAACUUCAAAUACCUCAAACAUUUAAUAAACAGGUUUCAA